AUUAGUAGUGGCACGCUAUCUCCGUUCAUUUCCAUCAAGUUGAAAUUCGUUGCCUACGUUAGCGAAUUUCACUAAUUUUAGUAAUAUUUUACUAUCUAAAUGUUGUAAAACUGAGCAGGAACUCAAUAUUUCUUUGUCUAAAACAUUUUAUAAGAUACUAAGUGUGUUAAAACCGCAAUUAUGGCUUCGAAUGAAGGGCGAAGUGCUCAGUCGAACUUGCAUCAGCAAGACCUAACCAAAUUGGAUGUUACGAAACUAUCAGCGUUAUCACCUGAAGUGAUAUCAAGACAGGCGACAAUAAACAUUGGUACUAUUGGCCAUGUAGCUCAUGGUAAAUCAACCGUGGUGAAGGCUAUCUCAGGAGUCCAGACUGUCAGAUUCAAGAAUGAAUUAGAGAGGAAUAUUACUAUCAAGUUAGAGCGCCUGUCGGACUCAGUUAUUAAAAUGUACCGCGAAAGGGCAGAUAUUAAAGAUGAAAAUGAGUUCUUUGAAAAGUUAAAAAGAGCAAAAAAGAGGAACUUGAGUUUUGAAAUUGAAGAUGAAGUCUGCAUGCCUGCACCUAAAAAGCAAAAGAAAAAUUCUCAAGAGCCACAGGAGUACAUUAUUGAAAAAAUUCUUGGGUUUAAAUAUGAAUCUGGCAAGGAAUACUUUCACAUCAAAUGGAAAGGUUGGCCAGACAGUGAAAACACAUGGGAACCAAUUGAACAUCUUGAUAACUGCCCAAGUGUAUUGAGAGAAUUCCUUGUGGAAGAAGAACUCAAAUACUGCAAUGAAAUAGAAAAUCUAAAGGAAGAACUUUCAUUUGAUAAUUUACUGAGUGAAGAAAAUCUUAUUAAAAGAUUCGAUGAAAUUGAGGGAAAUGAUAUACUGAAAUUAAAAGAGAGUUUAACAUUAAAAUUACUUACUAUGAUUGUUUUACCUCAAGAAUGUGAAGCACAAGCCACAGAGCUGGUUCAAGAGACAAGAGAUCUCUUACAACUUUAUGUUAUGACAAGAAAACGAUGUCAGCAGUUAAUGAAAUUAAGAAAAUGGGAAGAACACUUGAAUCAAGUUGACAAAUCAAAAAAACUUCUUGUAGAAAAUAACUUUGACUUUGCUGGACCACCAGAAAAUUUUACUUAUAUUAAUCAAUAUAUACCUGGCAGUGGUGUCACUAUACCUGAUGAUCCACCCAUUGGAUGUGAAUGUACUGCAUGCAAUUGUCGAUCUAAAACAUGUUGUGGCAUGCAAGCUGGCCUAUUUGCCUACACUACAAAGAAAAGACUUCGUGUUGCACCUGGUACUCCAAUUUACGAAUGUAACAAAGCUUGUAAGUGCUCUUCAGAGUGCUGUAAUCGUGUUGUUCAAGGUGGCAGAAAUAUUAAAUUGAGUAUUUUUAGAACAUCAAAUGGAUGCGGGUGGGGAGUAAAAACAGAACAGCAAAUAAGGCAAGGACAGUUUCUUUGUCAAUAUGUUGGAGAAGUAAUAACAUUUGAAGAAGCAGAAAAACGAGGGAGAGAAUAUGAUGCAAAUGGUCUCACUUACUUGUUUGAUUUAGAUUUUAACUCUGUUGAGAAUCCAUAUGUAGUUGAUGCAGCUCAUUUAGGAAAUGUUUCACAUUUUAUAAAUCAUUCAUGUGAUCCUAAUCUUGGGGUAUGGGCAGUGUGGGCUGAUUGUCUUGAUCCUAACCUUCCUAUGUUAGCUCUCUUUGCUACCCGUGAUAUAGAAAUUGGUGAAGAGUUAUGUUUUGAUUAUCUGCAAAAAGCUUCCGACAGUGAUGAAAUAGAAACAAAUGGUUCUAGUAUAAGUAAAGAUAGUUCAUAUGACAAUGACAUACCAAGUGGAUCAGAAGCUAACACAGGCACCACACCAGUAUCACCUGUCAAAUCUCGAUUUGAAAUACAGCAGCAGAAUCGAGCUAUGCUUAGGAAUCUUACAGAAUGUAAAUGUGGUGCCUUAAAAUGUCGCAAAUAUUUAUUUUGAUUGUUGUUCACCACACAAUGAGAUAAUUUUAUUACAAAAAAAAACUAGUUUACAGAGAAACUUUAUCCAGCAUAAAAGGAAUCUCACUAAACAAGUGUUACAUUUUUCUAUAAAGUUUUCAAACAAG